AUAAAAUAAUCUACAUUUCAAAUACAGACUAUUAUAAUUCAUUGACUAUAUAAUAAAUACUGAUUAUUAUAACUUAUUCAACGCCCCAAAUGCCACCUUAGAGACUAAAAUAGUAGAUUUGAAAUUAGUGUUCGGGCCAUGCUAGAGUUAGCUGGACAGGGCUGGCUCAGUUAUCAAUGCAGCAGAAACUGGACCAUGAAUGGACCCACUCCAAAAUGCCUUCCUUUUGGUUUGAAAUCCCAUUCUUUAAAGAACCUAAACGGCUAAUUGGGGCCACCACUUUCUUGUCCUUUCCCACAAUCUCUGCAACAAUUUGAUCAAUAAAUCUCUCUUCCUUUCUUUUUCCCAGAAAGUUUCCACUCCUCAUUACACCCUUUUAGUUUUCCCCCAACUAGGGUUUCUUCUUUCUUCCACUGUAAAGCAAACCCCUCUUCUUCUUCUUCUUCUUUUUUUCCCUUCUCUUUUUUGCCUUUUUAUCUUCUUUCUCUCUUUCUUUGUACAGUCAUUGUUUGUGGUAAUGAUAAUGAGGAAGCUCUGUACCUUUGAGUGCUUCAUUCUCUGUUCUUUCCUGUUUGCUGUUCUUGUUUCCUCCAAGUUCCAUGGAAACCCAGCAAAUGAUCUUGUGGAUAUCAUCAACAGAAACCGAACAGCUGCGAAGCUCUCUCACCUGAGUGACAGUGCAGGUCUUGGGUGCAUGGCGCUGCAAUUUGUAAACUUCUGCAAAGGGAACUGUACUAGUAACAACACUGUAAAUUGCAAUCCAUCCUCUGACAACUUCACCGAAAUCUUCGCUCCAGAUUGCGGUGUUGAGCUGCCAACUUUUGACACGAUAACCGGCCAAAUUGUGGCUUGUCAACCUGGAUAUCUCGAGCCAACAGAGGCUUUCUCCCGAGCGCUUGUUCCUGACAAGAAAACUCUCUCACUGUUGAGGAAUAAAUCUCACACAGAAGUAGGGGUGGGGAUGGUUGGGGUUCACAAAGGGCCAUUCUUCUGGUGUGUAUUGUUCAGUAGUGGGAAGACAAAUUCAACAUUUGUUCUUGAAAAUCAUGGUUUGGGUAUCAAGCAAAAGAGAGGAUGCUUCAGUGGAAGUAGUGUUGAAUGCAAUAGAGGUCACUCCAAUGGAGCUUUUUGGAACAAUGUUUCCGUUAUUCUGUUCUUUUUUAUUAUCUCUUGCAAGAUUUCUGCAUUUUCAUUUAUGGUGAUGUGAAAGUAGAGAUUGAUGAUUAAAAAUUUUGUUCUAUACUGAAUUACAGGAAGAGUUAAGAGCCAAUUUGAAAGAGUACUGUAUGUUGAGAUUUUUUCUGCCUUUCUAAAUAUAGCCCUGUUUUUCAGUA